AUGUCGUCCGAUAGCGUCUCCUUUGACGUAUUUCGUGGCGUCUCUGGCAGUAUUGUUGCCGAUCAUGCGACCAAGUCACUCGGAUACAAUGAAAUCUUCAUCGAGACGACGCACUCCGGCCUAUGCGGAACUGAUUUACACUACAUGCACUCCGGCAAAGUACUGGGGCACGAAGGUGUCGGUAUCGUGCGCAAAUUGGGACCAGGUGUGACCUCAGUGAAGGUUGGUGAUCGAGUUGGAUUCGGAUAUACUAGAAAGGUUUGCGGCAGAUGUCAACAUUGUUUGUCUGGAUGGGAUCAAUUUUGUGAAAACGUGGUGGAUUUCGAAACUCGAGGAGACCCAGAUAUUGGCUCCCUCUCGAAUGGUGUUGUUUGGGAUGCCGGUACCGUGGUCCCUGUUCCUGAUGGAUACGACUCCGUCGAUGCUGCACCUUUACUCUGCGCGGGUGGAACCGUCUGGACUGUCCUGACUGAAUAUGGCAUCAAGGCCACGGAUCGGGUCGGUAUUCUUGGUAUUGGAGGACUUGGACACUUGGCAGUCAAGCUCGGUGCUGCAUUGGGUUGUCAUGUGGUUGUACUUUCCAGCUCUGACUCAAAACGACAAGAAGCCUUUGAAUUCGGGGCGAAGGAAUACUAUGUCUUAAAGCCGGGCAAAAAGCCCGAGGGCCUCAAACCUCUGGAUCACUUGUUGGUUUGUGGAAGUUCAUCGAGCAUGGACUACACCUUCCUUAUCGAAUUGAUGGCCGUCCACGGUUCCAUCUAUCCUCUCACUGUCUCUUCCGACAAGGUUCCCGUCCGUCUCCAUGAUGCUGUUCUCAAGGGCGUGCGAUUUCAGGGAGUAUUGACGGCCUCUCGAAGGAGCCUCCGUAAGUUAUAUGAAUUCGCGGCGGAGCGAGAUAUUCAUCCCACUGUACAAAAAUUCCCGAUGUCUGUCGAGGGUAUCGAGGCAGCUGCCAAGACCCUUGACAGUGGUAAGAUGCGCUAUCGUGGUGUUCUAUGUUGGAAUUAA